AUGAAGCUUCAACCACUAUUGUUGGCUCUGAUAGCAGCGUCCCUUACUCACGCUUGCAUGGAGUUCAAUGGCAUCCUUCCCUUCUCGCACACCUCCCCAUUUGAAGCCAGCAUUAUCGACAACGGCGUAACAACCUGCUGGAUAAGCACCACCCUCAAAGAACACAGCACCAUGCAGGAAGAGCUUUACUCGCACCAGCAAUCCCAGAGGUCAAAAUCAAAAUCAAAGCUCAAGAAACGCUCCAACGGUCGCAAGAUCUCGCUCACUGAUCUGCCGGCAUACGAAACAGCUGCGAGAUCCAGUGAGCAACAUUACAAGUCCCUUCCAGGGUCACCCUCUUCGCAAUCCCGAAUAGAUGAGCAACACGUUGACCUACAUGCCAUCCCUCCUCCUCGUAACGGCCAACUACCCAAGACUCCAAAAAUGGAAGAGCCAGAAUGGGACGACAUACCCGUGUGGCAACCCUGGAAGUUCGAAUGCAUCAGUGGCCAUAAGGCGAGAGCAAAUGUUGGGUUGAGAGGCUUUACGUAUGCGGCGCACGGGCAGGACUUUUAUUUUGUGCCAAAGAUGAAAGAGAAUCUCUGGGAAGAGAAGUGGGUGUAUAGCUUGAAGCUGUGGUGUGGGGAGAAGGAUAAGAAGGGGAAGGUUGUGGAGAGGCCAAAGCCAAAGGAGGUAGGGCAGGGGAAGAAGGAGGAUGUGAAGAAGAGCGCUGCCGCUGCUGCUGCCUCUGGUAGUGGUGUUUCUGCUGGUGAUGCUGUUAAGAAGGAAAGUAAUGUAGGGAAGUCGAAAACGAGUGGGGGUGGUGUAGCGAAGGGUGGAUUGAACGAAUAG